UGGAUUCCACACCACACCACUCCACUCUCCACCUCAGUCACGAAGCCACGGUGGGGGAGACGAGUCAACGUUGAAUCGGUGCGGAGAGUAACAUGUCCGGGUGGAGGAGGUUGUUGUGAGUGUUUCUGUCUUCGUCAACGAAAGUAAAACUUUAAAUGGAUAGCUCAGAGUAUGAGAUGGUGAGAAACAUGACUCUCCUCUUCUUCUUUGAAAAACUACUGGACAAAGGUGGUCCCAGAACCCUCCAUGAUCUUAGUUGUCAAUUUGGAGCUAAGGGUUUCACCAAAGAAAUGAGGCAAAUUGCUGGAGGGUCACAGUCUGGUUUGAAGAAGUUUCUCACCCAGUAUCCUUCACUGUUCACUGUGGAUGGUGAUCAUGUUCACGUGAAUGCCUUCAACUCAGCACCAUCAAAUUCUGAAGAUGGUGACAGUUCCAAGAGAGACUACGCCAAAGAAGCUGUGGAUUAUUUCGUCAACAAACUUCUUCAGUAUGGGGUUGGAACUGAAGUUCCCAUCAAGAGCUUGCUGGGGCAUCGAUCUCAAGCUUCGCCUGAGGUUCGUCAUAUAUCUGGACAACAUGUCAAGGAGUUCCAUGACUUUCUGUGUCGUUAUCCAGAAGCGUUCAUAGUGAAAGAGGACACUGUAAUGCUUAAGCAGUGGGAGGGUAGGGAACCUCAACCUUUCCAUGAACUUGAAGAACCACAUGUUGAUCAAAAAGUCAUUGAUAGGCUUUACUUAUUUUUUGCAAAAGCCAUUGAAAACAAAGGUCCUCAACUUGUUGACCAGUUGUUUCAAAAUGCUGUUAGAGCCUUGCCUGAGGAGUCAUAUCACCACAUCUUCCAGACUUCUCAAGAUCUUGCAACAGUUUUGAAGAUGCGUUCUGAUAUGUUUCAUGUUCAAUCAAAUCUUGUUACAUUGGUGAACCCCAAAAUUAAGACAGAUUCAAGUAUUGAAGCUCACCAGACUGAAGAACAAAAUCAAGCUAAUAAUAAUACCAACUGUGGAAAUAAUGUUAAUAAUAACCAAGGUGGAACAGGAAGUCUUGUUCCAUUGAGUCCCUUACUGCCACCUCCACCAUCAACAAAUGUUCAAAAUCAGUCACUGAAGCAACGAGUUAAUUCUAUUGUAAUGAAGACUCUUGCUGACAAUUCUGAGAAAGACAGAAAUAUUGUGACAGCUUCUUUACCGCCAACAAUUGCAACGAGCACUGCUUCACCAUCACCCACUUUGUCAGCUCAAAGUGUGGAAGCCUACAAGACAAAAGUGUUACAGUCUACCCGUGUCAUCACAAAUGUGAAAGAGAGUCUUCAAGUAAUAGACGAUAUUUUUUCAAGAGUGAAACCUGGUGGACCAACAGUGGCUGUGUCAAUGGACUGUGAGGGCAUUAACUUGGGCACCAAAGGUCAGCUGACGUCCAUUCAACUUGGUUUAAUGACAGGACAUGCUUUCAUCUUCGACCUUGUAACCUGCCCAAGUCUAGUUGACUCUGGCGGCCUUCAGAGACUUCUGCAAUCACAAGAUGUAGUCAAGGUCAUCCACGACUGUCGCGGCGACAGCGUCAAUCUGUACAACCAGUUCCAGAUUACGCUGACGAACGUCUUCGAUACCCAGGCCGGCCACGCCAUCCUGCAGCUGAUGACGACCGGCAAGCCGGUCUACAAGGUGAAGAACGUGUCGCUCAACAACCUGUGCGCCGACUACAACGCGCCGCUGAACCCGCUCAAGGACCAGCUCAAGAACGUGUACCGGCGUGACCAGCGCUACUGGGCGCGCCGCCCCUUCACCAGGGACAUGAUGCUGUACUCGGCGGCGGACGUGCUCUCCCUCGUGCCGCACGUGUACAACGCUAUGGUCAGCCGCAUCACUCCAGAGUACGAGGAGCUCCUGGCCGAGCUGUGCGACGAGCAAGUCUACACGCUCAUCAGGCCGACUGAAGUGAAGCAGCGCAAGAAAGUGAGGAAGCUGAAUUGCGAGAUCGCAGAUUUAAAAAGUAGACUCGCUCAGGCCAAACUAUCCAAGAACAUAGUUUUGAGUAAUCGAGAAAUAAGAUUGCUUAGGUAUCUAGAUCUUACUGAAGAAGAAAAGGAUAAGCUCAGAGGGUCUUACAAAGUUGCCCGAAAACUCGAUAAACUUGAAGGGCGUAAUCAAGACAGGGACAGCAAAAGCGACGACGAUGAUGACGACGAUGAUGACAACGAUGACUGUUACAACGGAGGCCCAGAGAGCAAUGAUUUCAACUCUUUAGAUUCAAAUCAAAAUGCAAGUGGGAAGACAACCCCAUCAGACCACUCGCUUUCUGGUGGAAUCUCAUCUCCUCCUGUUACUUCGCAACCACCAAGUUUAACAUUGCAGCAAGUAGAUGAAAUACUGUCUGGUCGAAAGGACAGACUUGAAGAAAUUGAGAAGAGUCUGGAAAUUUUAUCAGUUGCAACAUCAUUAUCGCCAACACCACCUCAACCCUCAGAUAGAUGUUGCAAUUGCAAGUGCCAUGCUAAGAACAAUAUUGCUGGGAAUCUCAACAUAUCAUCCCGUGUUGAAUUUGGGCCAAUAGGAACAAUUUCAAUCAAACCUUCACCAAGCCCUGCUGGCAGUGCCUGUGAUGCUGCUUGUCAAACAAUGUCAACAGGUGAUGUAGUUAUCACUCACAUGUAUUUUGAUGAGGAGGAGCAAGAGAAAGAAACGUCAUUGAGUGUCUCGCCCAAAAAAUUACCUAAUACCUACAAACAGUGAUUGAGUGUUUCUCAGCUCUGGAACUUCUAAUAUAUAAAGUGAUAAUUGCAUUUUAAGCAGUGGAGCACUUUCUUUGAAAUGAACCCAAAUGCUGUGAAAACUAUAGCAUUGUUCUUUUCUAUUCCUGUCGAUUUCAUCUUUGAUCAUAACAUUUUUAUUCACUGUUUUUAAAUAUCAAUCCUCUUAAAUUCAACACAUGUUCUUCAAUUGCUGGAACAUGGUUCUCUUUCAACUGUGAAAGAGUUGUGUUUUUUUAUAAAUUUUAUGCCCACGGCUGUUAUUUCUAUUUUAUGUGUUUUUUCUUUAUGAUCAUUUGGAUUUGCUACCGACAAAUCUUGUCAUUGUUCUGGCACUUUUACUGCACUUUUUUUUUUGAUAAAUUUGAUGCUUUUAACUCAUGUUGAUGAAUCAAAGUUUUGAAAUUGAUAAAAGUUAGUUAAUUGGCUGUUAAAGUGUAUUUGCACAAAUCCUGAAAAAUGUUGUUAAAGGGGUGUGUAGAGCCUAGCUACAUGACAUGAGUAAACGUUUCUGUUGUCAUCGUACAGGAAUACUUCAAAGGACUUGCAUAUCUUGUGCCUAAUCCACCUUAUGUAUUGAACUCUUUUUUUCUAUUUUUAUUACUGAAAGGGUUGCAAUGUUUGUUAGUUAUGCUGUAGUUCAUUCAUUUUGUUUAAACCUCAAAUGAAUUAAUUGUAUCUUUGUUAUAAUUUUUACUGUAAUUUAUGAGUAUUGUUGCUUGUUAUAACUUUUUCAGUUAUUGAAGAAUGAUCUAUAGCAAGAAGAUGUGUUCUUGUUCGAGUAAUGACCAUCAUGUUUUGAUGUAAUCAAUGAUGUAAAUCAAUAGCAUAUUUAUAGCGUCUUGUUAUCAAUGUAAUAUUUUUCACUCAUAAAUUCAAUGCAUUUUGUUUGACUGCAUUCCUUUAAGUCCGAGUAAUGCUUCAUUCAGAUACAGUUUAACAUGUUUGCUAUGUAAUAUUGCUCCAAAGAUUAGUUUGUGCUUAAUGUUGAUGUUGAUUGGGUAUUAGAAGCCAGAUUUAAAGAGCUAAGGGUUGUAAGUACUUCUGUCAGUGUGAAGUUUAUUGUUAUCUCAAACGUCAUUACUGCAAGUGUGAGGUGCAGUCUUAUGCUAAGUAUUUUUUAAAACUAACUUAUGAUGAACAGUAUAUUAAGGUACCUUUCCCAUUUAAGGAAAUGACUCCUGUGAUCGCUCUUGUAAUAUCAAAAUGUGAUGUGCAAUCAAAGUGGCCAUCAAUUCAUUUAGUUCAUGAAUAUUCUCAUCUGAGAGAAUUCUUGAGCAGCACCAAUUUUAUAUUCACUCUCAAAUGCUUAUAUUUCUGUUUUUUAGAUUACUUUAGUUCAUGAAUUUUUAGGAUUGAUAAAAUCUCUGCAAUAUCCAUCUUAAUUGAUGGUAAUAUAAAAGCCAAUUGUGAUAUUUGCUUGUAUUUUUUUAAUUUGAAAUUAUUUCUUUUGGUGAUUAUAGUGUAACUUGAAGUUUGACUGAUCCACUUGGCACUUCUAAUUAUACUGUCAUUGUUUCCCUAGAAAGUGUUGCGCUUGUGGUAUACUGUAUGUCUACAACUAUAAUAUAUGGCCCAGCACACUUUUUUCUCCAUUUCAAAUUUUGGUCUACAUGUAUUUAAAGUUCUGAUUUGCAGAUGUUUAUUUUAUUUCCUGGAAAGUCGUCUUUUUUGUUGGCUUUAAAAGAUUUUCUUUCAUGAUUUUAAAAUUGCUUAUGAUUUUGUGUCAAUCUUUUCCACCAACCCGCUCAUGUUUUUCUAUGAACCCCUUAUUAAAAUGCUUCCAGGAUGUAAAUAAAGAUUCUUUGUUGUAUGUUUGGUAGUCAGUAUUUUUGUAAUGUUGCACCUUGGACAUGAGAGAUGUACCUUAUAUGUUAAUUACGCAAAGUGCCACAAAUGAAAGCAGUAUUCAUAAUAGCUAUGUUCAAUGCUAUGGUCAAUGUUAAGAGCAACAAAAAUGGUUGAUCUUUAUUUUUCCCACUGUUCAACAUUUAAAGAUGUGCCAUGGCUAUGAUACAUUGAAUUUGUAUGUUAUGAAACCGGUAAACAUUAGGCCGAUUUUCACACCCAUGAUUUUAACAAUGAUGUGGGAAACAUUUCAGUAUUCUGUCAGUCUCAUACCACCUUAAUUUGAAUCCCCUUACCCUCUUUCUCGAAUUUUCUAUAACUUGGCUUCCAUGUGACCAAAUAUCAUGCAAGUACCCGAAGUUCAAUGCCUAUCUCGGAAUACUGUUGUUCUUCUCAAACUAAGAUGGGCUUAAGUGCUUGGAGUUUUGGAUGAGAAGCAGAAGAAUUAUCAGCUAUGUGGGACAAUGUUCUCAAAUCUAAUUUAUUGUAAUGCUGUGGUCUGUAAAAAAUGUCAACACUUUUUCAAAGAUGAAUUGUUUGUUAUGUUAACUUUUUACAUGUUCUGUAUUAUUUAUUUCAAGAAAGCAAGAAAGUUUUUGACUGGGGGCAUAAGGAUAAGGUACAAGCUUUAAUAUCAUUAGAUAUGUUUACUUUCAUAAGUGUGGCCGUAUCAAGGCAAUAUAUUGGAUUGAUUUUUCUCCCUUUUUUUUGUAAUACUGAUGUGGACUAACUCAACCUUAUGAAAUAAUCUUUGUUCUUUAUAUAUGGUGUAAUUUGGUUUGUUUCUUUGAGUAUCCACUAAUUAAAGAUCAACAGAAUCAUUACAUUGGGUAUCUUGAGUUACGUUGAGUUUAUGGCAUCAAGGAAUAGCUCAAAUGAAAUGUUUCAGGAACCUCUAGAUCAACUGAAUAAAAUUGUUAAGUUCUCUUGCUCA